UUGUCACUACUGGUAACAGGAGGCGGUACCUGCAGCCCAUUCAGGUUGCACAAGUAGUCAAGCUCCUCCAGAAUGGCACAUUCAUACUUGCCGUCACAACUAGUAUUCCGACAGCAGCACUUAAGAUGUCUCAAUCAUAUGGAGGUCCUGAAGACGAUGCGUAGCAUUGAUGACCGGAUCGUCCAUUCUCUCAACACCACAGUGCCGACCGCCUCCUUCUCCAGCAGAGUGGACGCCUCCCAGACAUGCAAACAGCUCUAUGAGUCUUUGUUGGAGGCCCACUUGAGCAGGGACAGAGCUAUUAAAACGUGUAUUGCCAGGACCUCUGAAGUAGUGAGCCAACUGAGAGAGGAGAGAGCCAAGGACAGCGACAACAUGACAACCCUCAGACUACUCAGGAAGGAACAAACCAAGUUAAAACUCAUGAGGUCCGAGUUAAAUGUUGAAGAGGUGGUUAAUGACAGGAGUCUAAAGGUGUUCAGUGAGCGGUGCCGGAUCCACUACAUGCCUCCUACAGUCCAGUGAAGGGCUGAGCUGCUCCUGAGAGUUUAGCUGCAGGUCCAGACAACUGCAUUGGGACUGGAACCAGAUCCAGAACCGAGCCACAGUGACUCAUCUAUGGACUAGACCUAAGCAACCACACGUCUCCUGCUGUAGCCUGAGGGAGCGUGGUCCAGCCCACUGCUGUCAGCAACCCUGUUUAUCUUCUACCAUGAUUGUACAAAACCUUUUUUUUAAAACAAUGAAGUGUUUUCAAAUGG